AUGCCAACAGAGCCACGCAAACGCAGCAAGAGUGUGGGUAGCCCAGUGCAAGCCUUCUAUCAAAACGCCUGCUCCCAGGGCUACAUGGGCGAGGUUGACUGGCCAUCCGACGGCGGGACCUUGGAGGAGGCCAACCGAGAGCUGGAGCGGCUUGAAGGUCGCGAGAAUGCUCAAAUUGUCAUACUAGGUCUUGUCAGAGGUGGAAGUGUUGCAGCUCGUGAGGACAGGGACCUGUGUUGCUCGCAAGGCGGUAAAAUCACAGGUCAGAUUCAGCUGCAGGGGUACCGCGGCCACCCAGCCACUCUCGAUCAAGAGGAUUGGGAAAAGGUAUCACGGGUAGAGAAGGAGAACUUUAUCGGCUUUAAGAUGCUGGACAAUCCUGAGAAGUGGGUCUUGACGUGGCAGCCAGGACUGUACACAGAAAUCCACUGUGGUUUACCAGUCAUGAGCAAACCACAAAAGCAGAGCGUGGGCGAUCCUUCUCCGCCAUGGUCUCUCCCGAAAGCGUCAAUGUGA